UUCUAAGAAACAAUCAGCGUUCACUCUGAAAUAUAUUGUAAACCUCAAUAUUUUUAAAGCUACCUCAAGUUAGACAGCAAGGAGAAGUUUUUACGCUAUGCCCUGGUCAGCAUCUCAACAAACACGCCUUGGAUAUGAGAAAACCUUGCUUGAGCAGUACUUCCGAAACCGUGUAUCUUGGAUCGACCCAACAGGCAACACCAGGGUCGAAAUCAGAGUAACAUGUACUAAUAACAAGGAGUACACAUUGAGGAUUUACGUCCCUUCCGAUUUUCCCAAUAGCUGCCCUGAAAUGGUGGUAAGCAGCCCAUCGCGUUGCUUGAGUAAACGAGACGGAGCGGAGAUGUGUUUUGGAAGCGAUGGCGACCACACUUGGGGAAGCAAAGAUGGCUGCACGAAAAUUUGUCAUUACAAACCGGCCGCGUGGACAGACGACAACACGCUUUACCAGGUUACCAUGAAAGGUCUGAUUUGGCUAGAGGCCUAUGAGGCGCAUCUCCGCACAGGAAAUUCCCUAAGUGAUUACCUGCAGCAUUACUAAAUGAGCGACAGGGAUUUUUGUGUAUGACUGACUAAAUUAUAAGGUUAUCUAAAUUGUACUGAUUUCAAUUCAGAAACAUUUCAGUAUCAAACUGAUUUAUUUGGUUCUACUCCUGUACCAAACACAACAGUUUGCUCAAACUUUGGGGAAAACUUCUGGUAUUAAAAGGGAUGGCAAUUUCAUUUUUUGGUGUACGCAACUGCAAUUUGGAGUAGAGUUUAAAGAUAAAGGAGGAACACUUACUGCUAACUACCUGAUUUCAUGAAAAUUUCAUUUUCGAACUGAUUUAUUUGUUUCUACCUCUGUACCGAACACAAUAUUUUACUCAAAUGGUAGGGAAAACUUCUAGUAUUAAAAGGAUGCGUUUUCCAUCAAUAACUUUUUAAAUAAUUAGAUGUUCCUGCUUUUCUUGAAACAAACGUGACCGCUGCUAUUGAACUGUAAAGCUGUAAAGCACGUAAUGGCUUUUUUAUUCGAGUCACCUCCGUCUCCUUAAAUGAGACGUGUACCCUAUUUUAUUUUACUGGCAAUGAGCAUUGUGAGUAAAUGAAAUAUUCUAUACAGUUACUUUAGCGCAAAAUUGCGCAGUGUUGUUUUGACAAGAAUUAAAUUCUGACAUAAUCACAACAACCAAUCCAUUUCUUUUAGAAUUGCUGU